UUUUUGGCCUGGUGUGUAUUGUGGAUUGUCUUAACAGUCUGCUUGGCACAAGCUGAAUACGUACUCGUAUCCGGACUAGUGCGACAACAUAACAGCUGCUCGGUUGAAUCAGAAUCGUAAUCUAUACCAUGAAAAUAACAUGCGACCCCAACACACAUACAACUCGUAAUAUACAAUACUCAAUAAUAUUAUUGCAUUUGACAUGCAAAGGAUGAAGACAAUAAACAACAAUUGGUGCUGCAAUGAUUGUGUAAUAUAUUUACUUGAUAUUUGCAUUUGAUGCAUACAAAUUGUUUGGUUUGUGAAUGUAUCUCGCAGAUAACAAAGUAUUUCAAGUGAUUUGUGAGAGAACUGUAAAGUUUUGGUUCUAUAUGGAUAUAUGCUAAUUUUGCACUGCAGCUGUUUUGCAAAAAAAAAAAAAAAAAAAAAAAUCAAAAAGAAAACUGUCAUAACUAAACCGAAACCUAAGCAGAUACCGUAAACCAAAUCAACAAUCUCUAUACCCCUUUGGACCAAGUGCUAAUGCUCACACCUUUAUUCAUUCACACACACAAAAUUAAAGAUAAAAGGAGAGACAUCGAACGCGUUUCAGUUUACAUAAAGGACGAACGACGUGUGGAGAGAGAGAGAGAAAGGGAACUGGUAGCAGGAUGUCAAAAUGCCAUCGGCAGAUCAAAUCUUGUUUAUAAAUGUCACCACAACGGUGGCCGCGGCAGCGUUGACAGCAGCAGCUGCCGUGAACAACGCGCCUGAAGCAACCACAGCAGCAGCAGCAGCGGCAAAGGUAGCAACAGUCAACGGACGCAGUGCAGCCGCCGUGGAGACAGCAGCAGCAUCGACAACAACAACAGCAGCAGCAACACUGGCGGCCAAUUUAUCGGGCUCGUUGGUGGACAGCCUAACAACAGCAACAGCAACUGCGACGACAGCAACAAUUGUCGAGUCAACGCAGGAAUGUGGUGCUGUGGCCGUGGAGGAGCUGCAUGGCAGCUUUCUGGGAGUAGAGCUGGCAGUGCCGGAAUGGGAGGCACUGCUCACAGCACUGGUGCUAUCCAUCAUCAUAGUGCUGACCAUAAUUGGUAACAUUCUGGUGAUAUUGAGUGUAUUCACCUACAAACCACUGCGAAUUGUUCAGAACUUUUUCAUCGUUUCCCUGGCGGUGGCAGAUUUGACGGUAGCCCUGUUAGUGUUGCCCUUUAAUGUGGCAUACUCUAUAUUGGGUCGCUGGGAGUUUGGCAUACAUCUGUGCAAGCUGUGGCUCACCUGUGACGUACUCUGCUGCACUUCAUCCAUACUGAAUCUGUGCGCCAUUGCUCUGGAUCGCUACUGGGCCAUCACAGAUCCCAUUAACUAUGCCCAGAAGCGGACAGUGGGUCGUGUUCUUCUUCUGAUCUCGGGAGUGUGGUUGCUAUCGCUGAUCAUCAGCAGCCCACCUUUGAUUGGCUGGAAUGAUUGGCCAGAUGAGUUUACCAGUGCCACGCCCUGUGAGCUAACCUCACAGCGGGGCUAUGUCAUCUACUCCUCGCUGGGAUCAUUCUUUAUACCACUGAUCAUCAUGACCAUUGUGUACAUUGAAAUAUUUGUGGCCACGCGGCGACGUUUGCGGGAACGUGCCAAGGCCAACAAAAUGAACACGAUUGCCCUCAAGUCCACGGAAAUCGAAACCAUCAAUGCCAGCAAUAUUCCCGCUGGCGGCAGCUCAACCAGCUCCAAGGCACGGGCCUUAAGCAGCUUCUGUGCCACCUGGCUAUGCUGUGGCCGUGAUCGGGCCAACUUUGCCACGCCCAUGAUACAGAACGACCAGGAGAGCAUCAGCAGUGAGACACAUGCCCAACAGGAGCCCAUCAACGAGCAGCAGCAGCAGCAGCAACAGCAGCAGCAGCAACCGCAGUCACAGCAGCAACAUGUUGUUGUGCUGGUGAAGAAAUCACGUCGAGCCAAAAUUAAGGAUUCCAUUAAGCAUGGCAAGGCACGCUCUGGUCGCAGAUCUCAGUCCUCCUCAUCGACCUGUGAGCCGCAUGGUGAGCAACAGUUGCUGCCACAAGGCAACAGCAGCAACAACACUGCCGGCAAAUCCGAUGCUGAAAUAAGCACUGAGAGUGGCAGUGAUCCCAAAGGUUGCAUACAGGUUUGUAUUACUCAAGCUGAGGAGCAGACCUCGCUAAAACUAACACCUCCACAGUCAUCGUCUGGCGCAACUGCUGCCACAUCGUUGCAGAAGAAACCAAGCACCGUUAAUCAGUUCAUUGAGGAGAAACAGAAGAUCUCAUUGUCCAAGGAACGUAGAGCUGCUCGCACACUGGGCAUCAUUAUGGGCGUCUUUGUCAUCUGCUGGUUGCCCUUUUUCCUGAUGUAUGUGAUUUUGCCGUUUUGCCAGAGCUGCUGUCCGACCAACAAGUUUAAGAACUUUAUCACCUGGUUAGGUUAUAUUAAUUCCGGCUUGAAUCCAGUCAUCUACACGAUAUUCAAUUUGGAUUAUAGACGGGCAUUCAAAAGACUAUUGGGCAUGAAGUGAUAUGAUGAAUUAAGAGUUCAGCGUAGAAGUGAAAGAGAGAGCCUUACUCAAAGUUUGUGCCAAA